CCAAAAUCUCGGUUAUACAGGUCUAGAAUGGGGAACAAAGACAGUAGACUUACAACCGUCGUUGAUGAAAACGACGAAGAAGAUGGAACGGACAUCCAGGAAGAGGACUCAAAUAUCGACAGAGAGGAAAAAUCGAUUAAUGAAAUACCAUUUAAAACAGAGACACAAGAACUGUCGCCGUUAAUGGUUCAGAAGAUCCGGCGCUGUCUGUGUUCCCUUCCACUAGCCAAGCCGGUACUAACAGACCAAGUGUUAGAGAACCUGACCAGCCAAGUCGUGGUUCGAGAGUACGAAUCUGGUCAAGAUGUCGUUUGCAAAGGUUUAAGGUCGUGUGGAAUAUACGUUAUAGAGAAGGGGCGUGCUGAGGUUAUGACCUCAACAGGGGAGGUCAUGGCAGAUUUAUUCGAGGGAGACUACUUUGGGGAGGUUUCUGUUCUGUAUGAUGUGCCCUGUACAGCCAGAGUUCGAACAAAAGGGAAAUGUCGGCUUCUUUUACUGGAUGGCAAGGUCAGUCAGAAGCUUUUUGGCAAGGUCAAGGUCAAGAUGGAUAUGAUUGAUUGGUUUGUUGCUAAACGAUACAUCCCACCAGAUAGUUCAAAUAUCGACCAUGACAGAAUCGUCCGGAGGAUGGUAUUUACGUAUCUCAGAAAGGUCCCAGUAUUUGCAGACUGGUCUGAUUCAGCACUGAGGAGUCUUGUGUUGGAAAUAAAACCGGCCCUGAUCAUCUUGUACCCACCCAGCUCCGUGGUCGCUCUGCAUGGGGAUCCACCUGUUUCAAUCAACGUUAUUAUCAGGGGGAGGGCAGCUCUAACUGACCAGGAUUGUUUGACCUUAGCCGAAGUGGAUGCACAGACUGACCCUUUCGUCAUUGGAGAAGAAAAAAGUCAAAUACCCUGGCCAAGUUCAAGAGGGACAUCAAAACUCACCUCUCCACGUCUGGAUUAUAGAAUCCUUGCAAACACGUCAUGUGUACUGCUUGGAGUGAACAAUGAAGUAACAGUCCUGACCACAACCUGCUGUGAGGUCAUCCCCAUCAGGAAAGAGUGGGUACAAAAUGUUGUGUCUCAGCAUCCACAGGAAGCUGGAACAGCCUGGAGCUUGAUGCAGGCAAAGUGGAUGGUUCAUGUUAACAAAGAUUCCAGAAUACACUCCAAGUAUCCUGCCUAUCUCCAAUUUGAGGUUAUUUUCCAGUUGAUGAAGCAGAGUAGUGUGUUCCGUCAGUGUUCUGACCGAUGUGUGUAUGACAUCUGUUUAAAUGGUGUUCCGCAGGAAUAUUAUCCUGGUGAACUAGUGUAUACAACGGACGAAUUUGACCAACAUGUAUAUGUUCUGGUGUUGAUGGGAGAUGUUGAACUGGAAACAGAACCGGAAUCUUCCUGGGAAUAUACCUUAAGUGCAGGUGAAACAUUCUGUCGCUGUGACUGGAUGGAAAACAAUGGUCAACUUGAAGCCCUUGGUCAGUGUCUGGUGGUGAAGUUGACCUACGAUGAUGUUCUCCAGGCCGUUACAUCCAAUCCAGACUCCGUCCUUACUUAUCCAUCAGAGCCGGAGAGCUAUGUACCAUAGCUAGAGUAAAGAGCUAAGCUACUACAUGUAAUAUGUUAAAGCAUGUGACAAGACCGGAAUUGGAGUAUUCUAGGCCGGACUAUAAAUGUGAAGAAACUGUAUAUUGGAAUUAUGAAGCUACUCGAGUGCAGACAUUGGUGACAUACGACAGAUGGUCUUUGGUCAUAAAAGGGAUUAAAUUUCUAAACAGUUGGUCCGGAAAUAUGAAAUUUGUAUGAAUUCGUGGUAUAAAAAACAACAUUUUGAAAUCAUUAAAUACAUUAUUUGUUUUAUUCAUGUCAUACUCUAAAGCACCUGUUUCCUGUAACCUUAACUACAGUUUUAGCAUUUUGUCAAAGCAUACAAAUUAAAAAAAAAUCCCAUCUGUACACUAGUAAUUUUCAAGGAAUGUAAUGCAGGAAGUCAUUUCAAUUUGACCUAAUCUGAUUCUCUUGAAUAUUUUGUUUUGUCUGAGUAAAUUUUAUAUUAUCCUUACAUAAGCCAUGUUUAUCUUCAUUUUAUGAUAAAGUUGACAUUCAAAUGUUCAUACCGUUAAUAUAAACGUUCAUACAGUAAAUAUAGAUGUUCAUACAGUACGUACAGUUGUUCAUAAGUACAUAUGAAUAUUCAUGGAGUACAUACAUACAUUGUAUGUGCAUACAAUAUUUACAGUUCAUAUACAGUAUUUACAGCUGUUAAUACAGUACAAAUGUGUAUAUAGUACAUAUUAAUGUUCAUACAUAGACAUUCACACAGCUAUACACACAAAUGUUCAUACAGUAUAUACGGAUGUUCAUACUCAUGUUCACACAGUAUAUAUGGAUGUUCAUACUCAUGUUCAUACAGUAUAUACGGAUGUUCACUCAUUUUCAUACAGUAUAUACGGAUGUUCAUACUCAUGUUCACACAGUAUAUAUGGAUGUUCAUACAGUAUAUACGGAUGUUCAUACUCAUGUUCAUACAGUAUAUAUGGAU